GUGCGGCAGCUAGCAGCAUGUGGCCCGGGAGCCAGCAGCUGCCCCUGUUGCUGUGCUCUGAGCAGGUGCCACGAGGAGGACGCAGAGCACAUUGGUGCCAGGCAGGGGGGGCCAGGUCCCUGGGGAGCAGGUGGAGGUGGCUGAGACGGCCAUAGCAACCCAAGAGUGAGGUCCCAGGAAGAACCAAGAAAAUGGGGGGCCACGGUCCCCAGGUGCCUGGCUCCCCACUCCUCUUCCUGCUGCUGCUGGUACUGCCCCUAACACCGUUUGGUGUGGGGAGCCUCCAACGCCCUGACCUUGGCUGGACAGCUCUUCAUGCACUUAGCCUUGGCUCCAGAAGACUCCAGGAGCCUGAAGAUGGGGCCCUCGCCCGCCAAUGGUACAACAGGAAGCAAGCAUGCAGUCAGUACUUUGACCUCUACUUCAACCUGGAAAAAUCCAUCUAUGUAAAGUCCUGGGAUGCCUUUUACCAGUUUACAAAGGCUGUGGUGGAUAAAGCGAUCAAAAACCCCCAAACACGGAUUUCCUUCAUCACCUACUCCUGCAAGGGCAACAUCAUCCUGAAACUCACCCCUGACAGGCAGAAGCUUCGGAAGGGCUUUAGAAGACUUCAGAACACUGUCUUAGCAGGCUAUAUACAAGCAGACUAUGGUUUUUACAAGGUGAAUGUGCAGCUAACUCAAAGCCGGAAAGAAGGACACUACGGCCCUGUUGUGGUGCUCAACUUCAUCACUCAAGACCUGGGUGACUCCAUAUUUGAAAAUCUCAAGACUGAAAUCGACUAUGCCCGUUCAGCUGGGGCAUCUGUUUACAAUGUGGUGCUGGGCCGUUACAACAAAACACAGGUGGCAGCAUUGGAGGACAGACCCCAAGACACGAUUAAGAUCCAGGGAGGAUUUAACUACAUGCUGGGCGCCGUGGAUGACGUUGUUAAAAUUAUCUGUCCUCAAGGUCUUGUAUUGAAGAACACCACGGUGUGUGCGCAGGAAAAGUACACCGUGCAUAUUCUCGGACAAUUCUCUGGCAUUAGAGACGUGGUCAUCUGCAAGUUCCACAUACCCAACCAGAAGCCUGUCGAUGUCAAAGCCAUCAGUACCAGUGACACCGUAAUAAUGUGCCAGGGGCCUGUUGUAUCGGAACCGUAUCAGGUAGUGACGAUUGAAGUCAGCCUGAACAAUGGGAAAACAUUCAACCCCAGCAAACUCAAAUUGGGCAUCUUCGAUUGUAAUCCUGACUCCACACGGAAGACCACGACUCGGAGGACGACAACGACCACGACCACAACCACCACCACGACGACCACGACGACCACCACCACCACCACGACCACGACGACCACGACCACGACCACCACCACCACCACCACCACCACCACCACCACCACCGUCCCAACCACUGUCACAACCACUAUGCCCCCCACCACGAUUAUUACAGACGUACAGGACGACAGCAAGUUCAUUCAUAUCCCCGUCCUGCUGUUCCUGCCACUGCUCCCGCUGGUACUGUGCUGCUGCAGGGUGCAGCGCCACAGGACUGAAGAGGAGCCACCGCUGCCACCCCCAGAAAAGCCCAAGAAAGUGCCUCCCCCACCACCACCGCCACCACCCCCGCCGCCCCCUGUGACUGUGUGCCCCACGGUGAUCGUCUGCCGCUGUGCCUGCCGGGGGGUGUGCAUGGACAGAGGGCUACAGGGCACCCUGGAUGGCUUCUACAACUACAUCCAGCCCACCUGCCACCCUUCACCGAUGAUGUUGUGCCGGGCCAGGGGCCAGGAGAGGUGGCCCAACCUCGCCCUCAUGAAGGCCCCAAGCAGCUCCAGCCUCUGCCUUCAACCCAGCCUGGAGAGUCACCCCCUCACCUGGUGUUCCCAGUGCCACCACCUCCCAGACAGGUGCGCCAGGCCUUCCGCCAGGACGCUGCCGCUGCCCGCUCCCCAGAAUCAGGCUCUCUGCAGGAGCACCUUGUCCCUGCCUCCCCUGUAGCCCGGCCUCUCGGCACCCACACCCCAGAUGAAGAGGCUUUGCUUGCUGAG